GCAGGCUGCCUGUGUACCUGUGAUACUCAGUAACGGCUGGGAGAUGCCCUUCUCGGAGAUCAUCCACUGGAACACAGCAGCUGUGAUCGGGGACGAACGACUGCUACUUCAGAUUCCGUCUACGGUGCGUUCCAUUCACCAGGACAACAUCUUGUCUCUCAGACAGCAGACCCAGUUCCUGUGGGAGGCCUACUUCUCUUCUGUAGAGAGGAUAGUACUCACAACACUAGAGAUCAUCCAUGACCGGGUGCUCCAGCAUGCAGCCCGUAGUAACCUGAUGUGGAACAGUCUUCCCGGAGGUCUCUACUCCCUGCCUCAGUACUCCUCAUACUUGGGAGACUUCCCUUUCCACUAUGCCAAGCUAGGUAUCAAGCCUCGUCCCAAGUUCACGGCGAUCAUCCAUGCUGUGACUCCCCUGGUCUCCCAGUCUCAGCCCAUCCUCAAGCUACUGGUGGCUGUCGCCAAGUCCCAGCACUGUGUCCAGGUGAUCGUCCUAUGGAACUGUGACAAGCCCCUCCCGGCCAAACACCGCUGGCCUGCCACCGCCGUACCUGUCCUGGUCAUAGAUAGAGAGAGCAAGGUGAUGAGCAGUCGUUUCCUGCCCUAUGACACAAUACCAACAGACGCCGUUCUGAGUCUGGACGAGGAUACAGUUCUCUCUACUACUGAGGUGGACUUUGCUUUCACGGUGUGGCAGAGUUUCCCAGAGAGGAUUGUGGGAUACCCGGCCAGGAGUCAUUUCUGGGACAGCAACAAGGAGAGGUGGGGUUACACCUCCAAGUGGACCAACGACUACUCUAUGGUCCUGACAGGAGCUGCUAUAUACCACAGAUAUUACCACUACCUGUACACCAGUUACCUGCCGGCUAGUCUGAGGGACCUGGUGGACCAGCUGUCUAACUGUGAAGACAUCCUGAUGAACUUUCUGGUGUCAGCCGUCACCAAGCUGCCGCCCAUCAAGGUCACCCAGAAGAAACAGUACAAGGAGACUAUGAUGGUGCAGACCUCUAGAGCGUCUCGGUGGGCCGACCCAGACCACUUUGCCCAGCGACAGAGCUGCAUGAAUAAAUUUGCCAGCUGGUUUGGCAGCAUGCCCCUGGUGCACUCUAAUAUGCGUCUAGACCCGGUGUUGUUUAAAGACCAGGUGUCCAUACUGAGAAAGAAAUACAAGGACAUAGAGAGACUAUAACCAGCCUGAGACCCCUGCUGCCCCCUUGAAGGACAGGAGAGUAGAGGGAUGGGAGACACACAGAGACCCUCCCAGAGAGAAGGGAGGAACAGGAGAAGAAACGAGAGGAGAGGACAGGGCGCUGUGGAGCCAGGACGCCACGACCCUCCCAGAGAGAAGGGAGGAACAGGGGAAGAAACGAGAGGAGAGGACAGGGCGCUGUGGAGCCAGGACGCCACGACACUCCCAGAGAGAAGGGAGGAACAGGGGAAGAAACGAGAGGAGAGGACAGGGCACUGUGGAGCCAGGACGCCACGGUAGACCCUCCCAGAGAGAAGGGAGGAACAGGGGAAGAAACGAGAGGAGAGGACAGGGCGCUGUGGAGCCAGGACGCCACGACCCUCCCAGAGAGAAGGGAGGAACAGGGGAAGAAACGAGAGGAGAUGACAGGGCGCUGUGGAGCCAGGACCCUCCCAGGGUUGACCCUCCUAGAGAGAAGGGAGGAACAGGGGAAGAAACGAGAGGAGAGGACAGGGCACUGUGGAGCCAGGACGCCACGACCCUCCCAGAGAGAAGAGAGGAACAGGGGAAGAAACGAGAGGAGAGGACAGGGCACUGUGGAGCCAGGACGCCACGUCCCUCCCAGAGAGAAGAGAGGAACAGGGGAAGAAACGAGAGGAGAGGACAGGGCACUGUGGAGCCAGGACGCCACGAUUGACCCUCCCAGAGAGAAGGGAGGAACAGGGGAAGAAACGAGAGGAGAGGACAGGGCGCUGUGGAGCCAGGACGCCACGCGUCUUCCACCCACACUCUCCAUCCUUGUACGCUGUUGCUGGUGCCAACAGUGGUAACCGUGACAACCCAGGCUGUAUUUUGGUAGGAGCUGUACACAGACAGAAAACUAGUUCAUGCACAAAUGACAACAUGGACGUCUGGGGGUUCCACGUUCCACGUUCUUCCCCUCACAAGACCUGGUGAACCACUAUAAUCACACAGCCCUCACCUAGUCAGCCCCCACUAUAAUAACAAUAUAUACUAUCUAACACAACUGUUUAUGCAAAGAAACAAAAUUUUUACUUCUGGGUGGUCCCAGGAAUCGAACCCACUAUCAAGACUAACACCCACAGUCAUCAAUAAAGACUCUCUUCUUUGUC